AAAGAAAGCUCGACUACAGCCCAUUCAGCCCGUCGGCUGAAUCUAUCUCUUGGGACAUCAAGUAAAAAGAAGUCGCUGAAAACUCAACUCUAAUCACGCAAAAAAACGCGUUAAUCUUAUUGUUCUUGAAAGAUUGUUCUUAGAUUGUUCUUGAAAGAACGACAACAACUUAAGGACGUCUUAAUACAGAAAAAUUAAUUGCGGUACCAAUGAUCAAUCGUGUGUGUUGCGGUACCGAUACAUCAACUGAAGUUGAAUAGAAUUCGCUCGUUGUCCUCAAGUAGAGUCAGAAGUCUUACUGCAACCAGUAAAAGUGGGAAGUAAGUAAUUGUUGUAGGAAUACAGAGUCUAUCUGCCCAUUUCCUUGUUCUUACCACUGCGUACUUAGUCCUCUUUCAAAGAAGAAAAGUUGUAAUCUAUCUCGUGGGACAUCAAGUAAAAAGAAGUCGCUGAAAACUCGGCAGUUAACGUGGAAGUAGAUCAGCAUCUUCAGCUUCACCUUCUCAGAUUCUGAAACGAACCGAAAGGGCAGCAAGAGCAACAUCAAGAAGGUUCGCACUCGAUCAACACACUACAACAAAAAAGCAGUACGUUAGAACACCAAGCAAAACCGAAAAGCAAAAUGGAGGGAGGGACCUUCAUCUUCGUAAACUUACCGAAUGGGCAGCGCUUUUACGGCUUGCUUUUGUUCUCUAUAUCUCUUCUGUCCAUGAUUCUCUAUAUCUCUUCUGGCUUAUGCUAUUUUGCAAGAAAGUAACACUCUCUCAAGAUAGAGAGUGCAAAGUUUUAUGUGCAUUGAAUAUUGAAAAAAGUAACACCAUAAAUGAACCGAUGCAGUUUUAUGAGAAAUUCUAAUACCUGUGUCUGACGCCUCCAGAAAUAGACGCGAUGCACGGCGCAUUGGAGAGCUUGUAUUGCGAUCAGAUUUUUUAUGGGGCGGAAAGUUUUGCGAGUUUUUUAAUUGUAUUUAUAAAAACGACUGGCAGACGCAGAGCAAGGCCGUACCUUCCUCGACGAAGUGUGUAGCUGCGCAUCUCGAAUUAGCUUCUUGACACUAUGAGUGCUUCGCUUGAAGACGUGGGCUCCGAUCACAAAAGUAGCCCUAACUCCUAUACCCAUCUUUUUGCCCGCCUUCGUUCAUACUCCCCCUGACGAAAAAAUGGUGAAAGCCCGUCUGAAGGCGCUCGGUGUGAGAGCGAUGAUCGAGCAGCAUUUCGUAAAAAUUUACUCAGUCCAGCCGGCAUACCUAGUCGCCACGGAUGACAGCGGCACGGUGUCCAUUCAGUUCAAAAACGGUUACGAAGGUACAACUACUCGUUUACUUCUUUUCUCUUGAAUGAUAAUGAAUGAAUUUGCCUAAGAACUAGAGGCGACGCAAUGUUUAUCACUUUCACUAUCGUGAUUAUUUAUCUUACUUUCCCUUAGCAGGUUUCGAAGGAUGGGUGGAUCCUGGCAAUAUCAGCGACCCAUAUCCCCACUCGGUCUGGGAGAAGUUUGCGGAUUAUCUUCAGGAGAUGCUGGAGGAGGGCGUUCUUCAUUCUAAGAAGGGCCUCAAGCCGGUCACUUUUCAUCGCGGACGAUAUGGGAUGGCUCAGGAUCUGUACUAUAAUUUUCCCGCUACUUCGCUUCGGCUUUGUAGUUACUUUCUCUUUGUUGUAUUAUAUACAUGCCCAGAAAGCGGGCCCAUCAAGGGCCCGCUGCGCCGGGCAUAGGUUAACAACUAGACAGAUUGACUACUAAGAGACAGAAAGACAAACGAAAAAAGUCGCCAAGGCAAGUCUGCUCGCCAAGGCUGGGAAGCUGGCUCCCACUGUGUCAAAGAAGGGAAGGCUGGGGAGGUGACACCCUCAACGGCUUCGACUUUCACGCACAGAGAUGCAUAUCUGUGGCCUUCUCAUGGAUAUGAUGAUGCUCACCAGGGUCCAGCCUUCAGACAUGCAAUUCCUCACGACUAUCAUUCUCACACGCAUCGACAUCCUCAAAGGCUUCGCCUUUCACGCGCAGAGAUGUAGACCUUUGCCUUUCUCGUGGAUAUGAUGACGCUCACCAGGGUCCACCCUUCAGCCAUGCAAGUCCUCCCGGCUAUCAUUCUCACAGACAUCGACAUCCUCAACGGCUUCAACUUUCACACACACAGAUGUACAUCUGUGGCCUUCUCAUGGAUAUGAUUAUGAUGACGCUCACCAGGGUCCACCCUUCAGACAUGCAAGUCCUCACGGCUAUCAUUCUCACAGACAUCGACAUCCUCAGCGGGUUCGACUUUCACACACAGAGAUGCAUAUCUUCGGCCUUCUCAUGGAUAUGAUGACGUUCGCAAGGGUCCACCCUUCAGACAUGCAAGUCUUCACGGCUAUCAUUCUCACACGCAUCGACAUCCUCAAAGGCUUCGCCUUUCACGCACAGGGAUGUAUAUCUUUGCCCUUCUCGUGGAUAUGAUGAUGCUCACCAGGGUCCACCCUUCAGACAUGCAAGUCCUCACGGCUAUCAUUCUCACAGACAUCGACAUCCUCAACGGCUUCAACUUUCACGCACACAGAUGUAUAUCUUUGGCCUUCUCAUGGAUAUGAUGACGCUCACCAGGGUCCACCCUUCAGACAUGCAAGUCCUCACGGCUAUCAUUCUCACAGACAUCGACAUCCUCAACGGCUUCGACUUUCACACACAGAGAUGUAUAUCUUUGGCCUUCUCAUGGAUAUGAUGACGGUCGCAAGGGUCCACCCUUCAGACAUGCAAGGCCUCAUGGCUAUCAUUCUCACACGCAUCGACAUCAUCAACGGCUUCGACUUUCACGCGCAGAUAUGUAUAUCUGUGGCCUUCUCAUGAGUAUGAUGAUGCUCACCAGGGUCCACCCUUCAGCGAUGCAAGUGCUUCCGGCUAUCAUUCUCACAAGCAUCGACAUCCUCCACGGCUUCGAUUUUCAAGCACAGAACUGUAUAUCUUUGGCUUUCUCGUGGGUCAAUGUGAUGACGCUCGCCAGCCUCUGCCCUUUCAAGUGCUCACCCUCUCCCUUACAAUUCUCCUACUUUUGUGCUGAUAAAAAUGCACACACGGGCUAACCAUCUCCAAGGGCUGCCGCGCGCUCUUGUGGUCGGUUGUUGUGUGCGGAAGGUAGUCGCGGAAGGGGAGCGAGCUAACUUUUUCCCAAAAACUUCAGGGGGGUCGUUUUGUUUUCUCUGUAUUUGAAUGGCCUCCCUGAAGUUUUUGAAAAAAAAUAAAGGCGCUGGGCGAUAUUUUUUAACAAGGGGAGCGGUUGGAAGUUCUUUGGGGCGAUUCGCUAGGGCGGGGUGGGCGCGUAGUGUCCUGCUGCAGAUUGGUGCGGCUGGUGUACGUGAGUAGCCUACAAACUAGCAGCCGCGAACACGUUAACACGUUCGCGGUGCCUUUGAACUCGUAGCACUAGCAACGCAAGUGCUUUAUUAGGGAGCCUUUUGAGCCCUUCAGAAUCCCUUAAGGAGGGCGCUAAUAUUAGCCAAGGGCUAUUACAACUUUUCCUUAAGGAGCUUCCUUAAGGAAUUUUUUUUCUCUUAAGGAAAGUUAUAAUAACUUUUUGUAAUAGAAAUUCCUUAAGGAAAAGGGUUUUCCUUAAGGAAGCCACUUAAAGGAGUCUCUUAAGGAUUUCGCAAACUAUUGCUAACCCUAUAAAUACUAAUAUAUAUCUUACCAAGACCGUGCUAGGUAUAGUUGCUGAUGCUGGCGCUUGUUAUUUCUAAGCCUACGUAAUCCACCAUCAAUCUUCUUUUUUCACCUUGUUAUCUCGUCGAAAAUUUUCGCGCAUUUAGUCUAUUAGACAAACUUUGUCUAAUAGACGCAUUGCGUCGUCGUCUCAAGGUUUUUUCUCGCUGCAGCAGUUUUCUUUUGAGUUCACCAAUCUAUGCUCGCAUCGCAUUCCCACUCAUAGCAAGUUGUACAAGCCUACCUCGCUUUCGUCGUUCAUACAUAAUUCUUUCAGCCUUUUCACAAUUCAGGCGUUUUCAUCACUUUCAGGCAUGCCCGUCAGUUGCCGUUUUUUCAGGGGUAUUCUCUUGGCAAAGUGUGUCAUAUCGUUGAGCUGGCCCUCCAGAGAGAUCUCCUCCACUACGAAAACAAUCUACUGCUUCCGGCUCAGGCUUGUGGGAAGUACCAUAAUGGUACUCAAUUAGAAUUGGCGAACUCCUUUUUGGGUCGUGACUGAUAGUCAGUGGCGUUUCCAAUUAGUGCACCUAGCAAGUGCGAAGCUUGUCUGACUCUCUCUAUGAGCUGCAUUCUUCCUUGAAAUUCCAAUCCUUGUGGAGUAGUACUAUCUUCUACUUUUCAAAAGUAGAUUCCCAAUGAUCCCAGAUGAAAUAAAAACACCCACUUCUCCAGCACUCUACGGAGUCCCGACCGCCUCGUCGGCCAAUGUGAAGCAUCGGGAGAAGAGCUACGUGAAGGACAUGACUGAGCUGAAGGCCGUUUUUUCGGAUUUGCUUCGCAAAUAUCCGUUUGGCUUCAACCUCUCCACGCUGAAGACCAAGAUCAAAAGAUGGCAUGGAAAACAUUUAUCGGAAACUGUGUUUCACGAGACGAAGCUUCUUACGUUGGUGCAGAUGCCACCGCUGGACAACGUCGUGAAGAUUGUGAGUUAUGGAACAAAUGGCUUCAGGUUUCUUGUUUCUUUUAAAGUCUAAGUCGGUUUGUUGAGUAGCGUACUCAGGUAGAUGACUGCGCCUCAUUCAUUCAGGUAGAGCGACCUAGGGCAGCAUAGUGCUCAAAGAUGUUUCUUUGUGCCAUAGUUUUCUGCCCCCUCUUACUUUUUUGCCUCUUUCUCCUCCUACUCCUCCGCGUCUAACCUCUACUGCAAGGAAACUUUGGGUAUUUGUGCCAACCGUCCUCCGGACUCAUGGCCCAGAUUGUGGCAGAGCGCAAAAAUGCCAAAGACCAGCAGCACUAUGGCAACAAGAAUCUUUAUGCUAAGGACUUUAUAAGGACUUUAUAAGGACUUUAUAAGGACUUUAUAAGGACUAUGGCAACAAGAAGUACUUUAUAAGGACUAUAAUAGGACUAGCAGCUUUCCUUCAUUGUACUUUACGCAGGAUCUUCACCGACCUGGGAGUCGAUUCUAAGCAUCGAAAGAAGACACGACAGUGAACAUGAAGAGAGGCCUCAUCUUUUCAAGGAUCGGCAAAAUAAUAUAAUUGAUACAUACUGCGCAGUUGGCUUAGUGGUUUAGGCGUUGGUCUGUUCACUUAUCACUAUGGGCCAGAUGAUGAUAGUUCCGAUCUGAGAUGCGUUCUCCCUCUCUCCCUCUCUAAUCUCAUCAUCAUCAAGGACAGGCUGAAUAUUACGAUGGCGGCGGUCGACCCCAUCAGCAGCACAGCUAUUCUACUCGUGGAAGCUACAGCAGGAGUGCUCAACAUCAACACUAUGUUAACUCCGCGUCGCGCUAACCCUACCACGCUUUUUGGAGGAGCAACUUCUGCUGUACUUUGCUAUGCUUUUACUUUCAUCCUUUUUAUAUCUUUUCCUUUGGAGCAUCAACAAGUGAUCUAAGUACCUUUGUCUAAACUCCGGUGUCACGACGAGAAAGUGCUGAUGUUAUGCUGGAUCCCCCUACUCUAUUUCAUCCUUUGUUCAUCCCACUUAUCUCAGUCUGCUGGCGGAAACAUCUGGUCACCGGAUCCGGUGUUGUCUUAUUUCUAUUUGCCAUCCUUCGGCUAGGCGCUUAACAGCGUUUUGGUUUUGGAUGAAUCGGAAGCAACCAUAGUGGAAAAAUAUGAGGGGGAUGCUCAUGAUAUACUGAGCCGGGUGUAGUGACAAGGGAUUUUUACUGGAGAGGGGUGUGCAAACGAGGAGGAAGGAAAAGCUGAAAUAUCUAUUUAAUUAUGGUCAAUACUAUAAUUACUAAGGGUAAAAAGUACGUCUUGGUCUUGUCGUAGAAGUUCAAGAGCAGGUGACGGACAAAGCCUCAUGUCUUUAGGACUGACUCGGUAAGACUUACCGAGUCACUUACUAUAUACAUAAAGCACAAAGAGAAGUGCAUGAAAAAGGGUAGAAAAUAGAAAAAAGACAACUGCAACAAUUAAGUCCGUCGAACGACCUCUUGUUAGGUAAAUGAGUGAAUGAAUGAAUGAACUUAAGCGUAGCUUUGAAUAUAGAGAAAGCUUUUUCGUCUCUUCUUGCUGUUUUGGUGCAUCCUAGUGAAUAAUUAUGAGAAUUGUUUUAUUACGAUAUGAUAUGCAAUAAGAGAUACGUUGAAGUAAAGGGAUAAUGAUGAUGUGGCUGGUUUUUUCUUCCAGAUCCAUACGAUACCCCAAGAUUGGGCACACUACUGCUACUCCUACUACUACUACUUCUUCUACUAACUCAUACCUCAUGCUAGGUAAAUGAAUGAAUGAAUAAUAUUAACUUAGAUUUGGAUUUUUUGACUUUAUUUUCCAAAGACCUGCGACUUGUAAACAUGUGCUGGGCGAUCACUAUCGGUCAACACCGUGGUAGACGUAGAAGUGCAUUCUGGGGCACUCGAAAAGUGAAAAUACGCGAGUAAGUAGCCGUUUUCAGAGUCUCGCUGAGUUGCUCUUAUUUCAGCAUCUCGCAUAUUUUAUUUUUAAGUAGUUGCUUACGUAUUUUUGGUAUUUCAGUUUCUCGAAUAUUAACGAUACGCAUGCUGAGAAUCCAGGAUGGUAUCAACUUCUGACUGCUACAACACAGAGUGUGAAUAAAGCAUGCUCAUAUGAACUUCAGGAAAGCAGGUCUCCUAAGGUUUACUUGCUUUGUAGGAGAUAUAGAAUAUAGACAUGAAAUGUGAAAAUUUGAUAUCGUUAGAAGAUAUAACAUAGACAUGAAAUGUGAAAAUUAUGAAACAACAAAGUUAAUGAGCACAAUGAAAAGGAAGAGAAAAUGCAUAACAGUCCUCAGCUAAUGUCUCUCAACUUACUCAACGUUAACACAGUUUCGUUUUUAACAAGCAGUUUCUUUUACCUCACCCUUAACAAUAAUAAUAAUAAUAAUAAUGAUAAUAAUAAUAAUAAUAAUAAUAAUAAUAAUAUUAAUAAUAUUAAUAAUAUUAAUAAUAAUAAUAAUAAUAAUAAUAAUAAUAAUAAUAAUAAUAAUAAUAAUAAUAAUAAUAAUAAUAAUAAUAAUUGUUGGAACAUUCGAACACAGACUGUUAAGCCGCGUCUAGUUUCUCAUUGAGAAGCGCUUGAGUUUGGUACAGAUUGCACUAACAGCUUGAGACAAAUGAUCUCUGGCUGCUUUGAUCCCUGUGGAUGUUCAUUGGGGUUGCAAGGGAAGGAAGUCCCAGCUUCUUCAUUGGGAUCGAUACCAUGUUGCAUGAGGAAGCUUUCAUAUGCUUCAUAUGGGAACACCUAUGCUAUCGUCAUUGACUCACACGAUCACCCACAUGCUCUUUGAACUGAUCAGAACUGACAAAACGUUAUGGACCUGAUUACAGCUAUGAUUGAACAUUCAAUAUCUCUGCUAUCUGAAUACGUUGAAGGCCCUUUGCCUGUUGAUCGUCGUUUUUGGAACCAUAUGCGUUUAGGUCUGUGGGUUAUCUUGAGAUCUUUCCUGUGUUGCUUUGUCCCUGACUGUGUUGAGAGACUUGAAACGACAAACGAGAGAGAGAAGGGAGAAACCGCUGACACCCGCGCCAACUAAGGCCAACGCGUUGAAAGUGGUGCCGGUGGGUACCUUGUUCGCCUGGCGAUCUUGGUUAUUUUGCUGAUCUUCAUCCUUCUGAUCUUUGUGGAUCUUUGUGAAGUUUCAAGGAUUUACGACCAUGACCAACACCCCUCCUCAAUCGUUGCGUGUCGAAGUCCCUAGUCUCUGGACUACCACGGAAGUCAUACCUCCUAACUUUUCGUCUAUGAAACCAAAGUAAACCAGUGUUGAACUAGUUGGCCACUUCUCCGAGGCGAGCACAGGACGGGCCGGGCCCUUCCUCUGGGUCACCGUGUCUAACCUCAUAUCCAGGCCUUGCCCGGUGGCUUCGCGGCAUGGAUGCCGUUCCUCAGCCCUCCCAGUGACGGGUGUGUCGAAUUCUGACCUCUGUCGGAUUCGAACCCUGCGUCAUUCAGAUCCGGAGAAACUGAACUGAGACACUUAACCACUAGGCGAAAUGGCUACGCUUUUCAUCAUAGUUGGCCUUGUUUAUCGGGUUAUGGAUAUGGCGAAGUAGGAGUCUACGCUGAAACGAGCUACAUUCUAGUUUAGUUAAACCGUCAGCCUUCAUUAAGUUAGUUAGUUGGACAGGAAACUAUCUUACUGGCCGCAUCACGCGCAUGCAAGUAGCGAAGUGCAUAAUGGCGACUCUUCGGGCAUGUGUCAGUUGCUUUAGCUGUUGUGAUCUCGGAUUGGUUGUCGAUCCAGAGCACAGCACUUUCUAAAGAGGGAGACAAGCCGCUCUGUGUGUGUACCAACUGAGUUGGUAGAGGCCUAUAGAAGUCUGUAAAGUCAUGCAGUUCACUAAGCAUGAUUGUGUCAGAAGCUGCAAUAUAUUCACUUUCAGCCGUAAAAUAAGCACGGACAGUUUUUCGGUUACUUCUCCAAGCGAUUGGAACGCCUUUGAAAUUUAAUGCAUGGUCUUUCACUUGCGUUCCCAUAGUUUUCACGCAGUUGGCGAGACCUGCACUACUAAAGAUAUUCACCUCUGGCCUGUCUCUGCCUUCAGGUAAUAAAUUUGAAUAGAUUCUAUUGAGUUCUUCUUCUUGUUCUGGUGAGUAUUCCAGUCCUUGGCCUCUUUGUCACCAGAUACUUCAGCACUUUUCUGGCUGCUUUAGCCAUUCUUGUUGGCGUGGGUUUGCUGUCAUGUCUAGCCAACGCCUGCCACCGGUACAGAGAUGCUCGGGCGCGUGGUCACAGCUACCCAUAGCAAGGCGCCAACUACCUCACGAUAAGGAUACCCAUCGACUAUCUUGGUCCCCUCCUCAAGAAAAGUCGACUCGUCAAAAUAGGGCGAGUAAACCGGAUUCCCGACUUGGAUUUCGAAUCUCUUUGCGAUUCUAUCAGUGUACUCUUCCACGUUGAGCCGAAAUGUUCGAGCUUCACGACAGUAGUACACGACGGCACCUAAGAAGUCCCUGGUGACAUCUUGAGGAACUUCUCUGGUACUUUCGCACUCGGUUUCUCCAUAAGCCUGGCGCAGAAUCACACGGCUCCCAGCCAAGACUGGCUAGUGUGUCGUGAUAUUUCUUGAACCAUGCUCGUGGUGCGUCCUUCAAGCCGUAUAAGGCCUUCUUGGGCUUCACGAUCUCGCGUCCAUGCUUCUCCGCCCCGAUGGAUGGGAGAUGACAGAAGACAUCGCGAUCGAGUUCAGCAUUGAGGGACGCAGAAUCUAAAUCGAACGGGAUCACAUAGUCCUGCUCUGACGUAGCAGAAGUCAGGAGCAACCUAUUUGCGGUAUGUGAAACUACGGGAGCGAAGGUGUAUAGCUCUCUUGAUCGAUCUAGAUUACCGACGACACAAGCGCAAGCCUUGUAUCUUCCACAUCUUUUGAUAGUUAGAAUUAUGGCAAUUGGUCGAGCCUGUCACGCGGUCGCAAGCUCCUCGUCGGAAGCUGCUUUCCACGUUUCAAAGGGCUAGCAGUCUCGCGUGCUCUUCUCAGUAACCUCCUGCCACUUAUCGGCAUCAGGAGACUUGAGUGCUUGAGCAACAGACAAAAUCACACAUGACUCGACGAGUUCCUCAUCUUCGUCGAGUUCACACAUGCCACCAACCGCACUAGCGAGCAGCGCCAUAUUCUUUCUCAAUUCUUCUAACUGUUUCUUUGUUCUUCGUACCCUGCUGCCUGCCUUGUCCUUAGCUCCUUUUGGUCGGCCACGCUUCUCGCCGUGUGUAUGGCGUUCGCCUGCCACAACAUGUGCUGAAGAGGGCGCUUGCAACCUAGACGGACUAAGCGGAGCAGAUGUCACGCGAUCCUUCGCUUCAGCUUUCCCCUCCUCAGGUGAAACACCUUUAGGAGGGUCAUCUGCGUUGGAUUCCUCUACUUUAUCCAGUAACUUCUUCGGAAAUUCCGGUCGGUCCACCUGGAAUGUGCUCCGUGCCAGAGAACCCCGACUGAUGAUCCAGCCUUAGCUCUGACUGUCCAAGCAAGGGGGAGCCCAGCUACGACGCGCCACCCGGCAGGUUUCCCAGUUCGUCAGACUCUAUGUAGGUGCCCUCUGAUCUGGCAAAAGCCAAUCAAUAUUCUUUAUUAAGUAGUCCUCUCUGAACAAACUCUACAUCUCGGGUAGAGUAUUCCGCCCAUCGAUGUCCAAGCUUGCAACGAUCGCCAUGAGCGAAAGUUCCAACCAACCAACCAGACGACUUCGGACAGAAUCCAAGGGAAGACGCCACGGCGGUAUUUGGCCAAGAGCUUGGGUUCAGGAGGGUUGGCUUGAAGUUGUUCACGAAAGUGAACUAGACAACCAAAUCGACGGAGCAUGCCGAUUGAAGUGAACUCUUCGACGAGUUUCUACCAGUCCUGUAUUCCAAGGUUUCAGUUGGACUCUUUCCAUCAUUUUGAGGAAUUUUCGCGUAGUUAUGCGGUAAGCAAUCCCAGCAGUCACCAGCGUGCUCGACGUAGUAACUUCCAGAGACGUUUAUCAACUUAGUCAGCAUUGUGCGAACACUGCCGAACAAAGUCCGCAUAAAACGUUCGCAGGUCUCAUUCAAUCCAGAUUAUAAGGAACAGCCGGACUGUCUGAGACUCGCAGCGAUUGCAUAACUUUGGCCAUGUCGUCACUGCUCAGGGCAGGUUCUCCAUCCCUCCGGAGGAACCGCGCUGCCUUGUCAUAUAGAGAUAAGGAGUAGUCCUGGCGAAUGCCUUUUGUCGCUUCUUCUAUUUCCUCCACGCAGUCACUUUACAGCUUUAGCGGUCGACGCGCACCUUCUUAAUUACAUUACAGAAAUCACUAGCACGCAUCUCUUUGGUCUAACUGAUACGGGUUUGCGAUUCGGAGUAUCUCUAGGCUUUGCUUGUGGUGCGUGUUGGCCUUUCUGUAGAUCGCACCCAGGACAAUUUACCUGGAGGCCAUCUAUGUGAAAGUGCCCACGCCUUCUAUGGCGUUCGAGUCUUGUAAGAUAACAUCUACUGACUCCUUCUUCUACUGUUGAACAAAUGCAACCACUAUCAGUCUCUUCUUUGAGUAAGUUUGCGCGCAAGUGUGGAAGCUGCAGGCGUGGAUGGUUUUUUAUGGGUAUGGCCUGGCCGGUGUCCGUAUGUACGAGACAACCGCCUGCGCCUUUGAGGUUGAGUCCCAAUCCUAAUUGCGAGCAGUUCUCUUCACCUAGCCAAGGUAUAAUACGAUCUAAGUCCUUUUCCCAGCGCUACCAGUAGUCCUACAAAUUCUCACAGUUAUAUCAAUGGAAUCGCCUUUGUGUCUUGAAGUAUAUUUGUUUGCACAACUAUCAACCAAGAUAACCUCUUUUCUUGCAGCAAUGGAACUAGUUGGAAGACUAUGUCCUAUCUGUUUUUACUCCCCCACUAUUAUCCACAGCUAUUUCGUCUCCAGUCUCGUCAUCAUCCAAAUUCAGCGAGCAAAAUCCACCCUCCACCGGUUCCGCGUCUCGGCUCUGCCUUGCGACGUUUUGGCUGCGUCCUCCCGGGUGGUAACUCCGUUAGGAAUACCAUGAGGAGCUGCCGCCAUGCCAACUACAUUCGGGUAGUUUUGAGGCAAGUCGAGUCCCUUCGCAGGACAUUUUGUUUCUACAUGAAUUUCUACUCUAUGUUGAGCCAGACUCAAGGGUCAAAGCAGUGUUGGAACAUUCGAACACAGACUGUUAAGUCGCGUCUAGUUUCUCAUUGAGAAACGCUUGAGUUUGAUACAGAUUGCACUAACAGCCUGAGACAAAUGGUCUCUGGCUGCUUUGAUCCUUGUGGAUGUUCAUUGGGGUUGCAAGGGAAGGAAGCCUCAGCUUCUUCAUUGGGAUAUCAUGUUGCAUGAGGAAGCUUUCACAUGCUUCAUAUGGGAAAGCCUAUGCUAUCGUCAUUGACUCAUACGGUCAUCCGUAUGCUCUUUGAACUGAUCAGAACUGACAAAACGUUAUGGACCUGAUUACAGCUAUGAUUGGACAUCCGAUAUCUCUGCUAUCUGAAUACGUUGAAGGCCCUUUGCCUGUUGAUCGUCGUUUUUGGAACCAUAUGCGUUUAGGUCUGUAGGUUAUCUUGAGAUCUUUCUUGUGUUGCUUUGUCCCUGACUGUGUUGAGAGACUUGAAACGACAAACGAGAGAGAGAAGGGAGAAACCGCCGACACCCGCGCCAACUAAGGCCAACGCGUUGAAAGUGGUGCCGGUGGGUACCUUGUUCGCCUGGCGAUCUUGGUCAUUUUGCUGAUCUUCAUCCUUCUGAUCUUUGUGGAUCUUUGUGAAGUUUCAAGGAUUUACGACCAUGGCCAACAAUAAUAAUAAUGAUAAUAAUGACAAUAAUGAUAAUAAGAAUAAUAAGAAUAAGAAUAAUAAGAAUAAUAAGAAUAAUAAGAAUAAUAAGAAUAAUAAGAAUAAUAAGAAUAAUAAGAAUAAUAAGAAUAAUAAGAAUAAUAAUAAUAAUAAUAAUAAUAAGAAUAAUAAGAAUAAUAAUGAUAAUGAUAAUGAUAAUGAUAAUGAUAAUGAUAAUGAUAAUGAUAAUGAUAACGAUAAUGAUAAUGAUAAUGAUAAUGAUAAUGAUAAUGAUAAUGAUAAUGAUAAUGAUAAUGAUAAUGAUAAUAAUAAUAAUAAUAAUAAUAAUAAUAAUAAUAAUAAUAAUAAUAAUAAUAAUAAUAAUAAUAAUAAUAAUAAUAAUCACACAACAAUAAUAAUAACAUGUUUCAUAAAACCCUAAAAGAGCCAAAUACUCAAAUCACUAGAAGGUGAAGAUGAAGAAAUACGCAAUACAACUUGACCAAAUACCUAAAGUAAAAUAAAGGAAGAAAUAUUUGCAGUAGUCUGUGUAGUCUGUUUAAGACCUCUGUUGCAAAUAAAGGCAGCCACUCAAUUGAAGGACGUCUAAACACCUCUUGUUAGGCCCAUUCAUUCAUUCGUUCAUUCAUUAAAAAGCGACAACAAGACAGGUGGAAAAUAAAACGAAAAAGAAAGAAGUGAACAAAUGACAAUAAUGAAAGCUGUCCGGAAAAAAUAGUUGUUGUCUUCAAAGGAAAAUUUGCAUUCGUAAGUAAAGCACUGGAAACACAACAAAGCACAAGAUGAAUGCAGCCGGUAAGUUUCUAGACCAAGUAAGUGAGUAAAUGAGUAAAUGAGUAAGUGCCGAGAACAAAGAGUGAUGAAGUUGCGGCCUCUACCCCCGUAAUUCGUCUUUUCGACCUCUAUUCCGACUGCUCACCAACGGCGUCAGAAUAGGCUUCCUACGUGUGUGAGCGUUUGGGCGUCCUCUGGUUGGGGUGGAGCGAAUUUAGCUGACCGAAAAUUUACCUCAUCCUUUUCGGUCGCAAUAUUUCACCGGGUUCCGAUCUGUCUCUGGUGUAUGCCUUGUCAAGUGUCUCUGAGACGACGAAGCAUCCCUUCUUCUUCGCUGCGUCCACUCUUCUUCUCCCGAGUAGUGCAGCAUGCCUGGUCGUGGCGAUGAGGACACUGAAAUGGGAGUGUUUGGUGGAGAAGGAUUCGGACACACCAGCACGACCUCUCACGUUGCGCCGAUGUUGAAGGUUGGCGAGAUGUACUACGGCCAGAUUGCCAAGUAUCCCACUUUCUCUCGAGCCGUUGGCCAAACGAGGAACUAUGGGUUUAUCCGUAUUGUGCGCAGCUGCAAUUUCAGCGAAUUCAUCCAAGCACGCCAGGGUAGCAACGUCGUGGAAGCCGCGCUUCUCAGUACAGAAGUAUUUGACCCUGAUGAGUUCAAGAAGUUGGCAGCUGACUUUCGUGGGCCGAGCAUCUUUUUCCAUGAGCAGGACGUAGUAAGUGGCUCUCCACAAGAAGACGAUCAUGUCCUGUUUCUUCUCUCCCCUGGCAAAGGCAGUGACAGAAUCACCAAGGAGCCGAAUUACUGCGCCAGGGGUGUCCAGGUGCUAGUACAUCCCAGCAAAUCACUUCUCCCAGUUGAUGAAGAAAAGAAGAGGCUGGACGAAGAAACGAAAAGUGCAGCACUUGAGCAACGUCUGCAAUCCAUAGAGAAGUCGUUGUCAUGUCACUCCGAUGAACUAAAGGAGGUGCGGGAUGAUAUCAAAGUGACCAAUGUCAAAGUGGACAAAGCUACAGAGGCCCUCACCGAGCUACAGAAAUCGACUGUGAGCUCUGUUGUUCUAGCGCUGGGCACGAGUCAGGCACAGCAGAGUAUCGCAGGGGCCGUCGCUUCGUCGAAGGACCUGGAUCUGAAGCUGUCGACUAUGGUCACUGCAGCUGUUAACUCGACAGGAGUUGCAAGGCCGUCGGUCGGAACUAAGGGAAGCGAUGCGUCAGGGGCCGGUGGAUCUGGGACGCAGCGUGGCCGCACGGCUAACAAGACGUCAGAUCGCAGCAGGUCGGGGAGAAGCAAGUAACUCAAUGCCUAGCGGAGGGAAGCGCGGCGCACUUAGUGGCCAUGCUGAAGAGUGGGCGUCUGAUCUCUCUGACGCUCUGUCUGCAACUGAACAGUCGGACGGUACGUUGCAGGAGUCUGGCACAGAGUGGGAGGGGGUCUGGUCUGAUACUGUACCGUCAUCAGAGGAACUCUGGGGAGACAAUGACAAGCAUGAUGAUAGUAAUUACAUCCAACUGAAUAAGAACGUCACCAAGAACUUCAAGGAUGUCGUUAGCACUGACAAGAGAAGAGAAGCGGGGAGUAGUUUUUUGGCGAACAUGACUCGAGCAAACUUCUUGUCUAGUUCUGAAAUGAAUGCACAGAUUAAGAGACAACAUGACGUUGGGCCGAAUCCCCGCACUAGUGUGCUGUUUGACAACUGUAAAAGUCGCACUCACUGUUCCAUGAUGAAGCAGGUGCCGACUAUCAUGAAUCACCGCCACCAGCUUGCAACUGCUAAAAUUAGGGCCAAAGUGCCCCAGUCUGAUAACCAAGUAGUGCCUUCUGUGGAUAGUAGCAGCUUUUUCCAGCCGCCUGCUUCUUCGUUCUUUGGAGGUCUUCUCGCGCCAGUGUUCGGAUCUUCUAGUGCUCUUCUUGGUGGCGAAUCUCGGCUUCCAUCUGGUGGUAGUGGCGCUUCUGUAAGUGUUGAGAACGAGACGAAAGUAGACAGAAGGUGGCGCUCCGCCUCAACUUCGGAGUUGGGUUUGGACUACAUAAGGAAGGAACAAUCCAAGACCUGGGAGUGGUUGGAGUGCAACGCACCUUGGCCCGGUGGUGUUGUUAACGGUGCGUGCCGUUGGCCGUCGCCUCGCAUUGACUCACCACCGAACUGCGAGAGAUGGUGGGGGCAGGGCGGAGGAGACUGUCCUAGCUACGUCCCUGCUCCUACUGACAACUACCACCGACGUGUGCCAUGGCGUGAUGCAGUGCGGGCGCAGGAUGGCUGGGCGCGUCCCUAUCGUGCGUUCUCUUGUGGUUCUAAUACUACUUUUUCACAUAGUGGCCCAUCGUCGCGCACCACUGUGCUACCUCCUCCUCCACCAGUUAGAGGCGGCGUUGAUGUUGCUCCUGAAGUUAAGCAUGACGCAGCUCAGCAGAAGAGGCUAGGAAAUAGACGUAGAUACAGGGAGAGGAAGCGUGGCUUUAGUGUCAACAUAAUCACGCUCAACAACGAGUCUAAGGGCGAGUCUGCCGAGUGGCAGUCCCGAAUUAGGACCUUCUACGACAUUAAGAAGGAGGACGGCUCUCCAGCCAUUGACGCAAUCCUAUGCUCUGAGGCUUUCUACAGUGGAGGCCGUGGAACGAGAGGAAGUCCUGAUAAGUGGGACUUUCAGCGCGAGCCCGAUGGUAGUUGGAUGGUCUUGUUUGUGAACGGAGCGGCAAUAGUUGUUUUCAACACUUUCUGGGUAAAGUUUAUCAAGAAUAAAGAGUGCCGCAUCUUUGCACGAGACAGAAUCAUUGGGCUCCGUCUGCCAUAUGUCGCGAUUGUUGCUGCGUAUGGUCCUGCAGAUGGGGGCAAGCAUGGGUCUGGAGUUUGCGAGGCCUUUGAUGUGUUCUGUGCGGACUCCGCAGCGGCACUUGCUGAUAUGCGGGCUCCUCUCCAGAGGAAGGCGCAGAAUGGUAGUGGUCUUUACAGCGCAGGCUGGUGUGGGCCUAAGAGGUCGAAGCAGCGCUGCCCUGUCGUGUUCUAUGGUGACAACCUAGGUGUGUUGGGUUCUCCUGCGAGUAGACUGAAGGUCGGGUAUGCUAACGGCUCCACUUCCGGUCAGCAUGGAAUCGACGACAGCAAUGCACGCGGCGCCCAUUUUGCGGCCGAGGUGAUGGAUCCUGCUGGUUUUGCCCUCGUUAAUACACUGCACAGUCACGACGAGUUUUACCUGCCUAGUUUUUGGCCUUCGGCUACGGCUACGAAGGCUCCUGACAGGUCCACACACUGGUCUCGCAGGUGCUCGAAGUGGAGAGAGUUAGAUCUCAUUUUUAUGCCUGGCUGUGACUGCCCAAUGGUGAGGCGCUGUGGGACCUUCUCCUCCAGCUUGGGGCUCGAUCACAGACAUAAGCUCAUCUCUCUUGACAUUGAGGAACAGUACCAGUUGUCCAACAGAGUCGAACAGAAGCGAGUAGCAGAUGAGGCGUCCAGGAAGGAGAAGACGAAUGAGCCGCAGCCAAGUAGGGCAGCCCCUCUCUGGCGGGCCUCUGAGGAUGAGAAAGCGAGGUAUUCUGAGGAGGUUGUGCGACAAUAUGCGGCCAAGGAAGCUGCGGCGGAGGAGGCGGGCAGUUCAGCUACAUUGAUCAAUCUAGUGGAAUCCAUCAAAGCAGCUACUCCUAUAGUUCAGACUUCCGCCAGUCAACAGCUAGAGAAGUACAACAGGUCUCAUGACUAUCGCACGCGCCGCAAGCUGCAGGAUAGAAUAAGGCUACUGCGUCGGAAGCAGAGGGCGCUAGUACUGGUUAAGGAUGAGGGCCUUGCCACGGCCCGCUGCGCGGCGAUUCAGCUUGACCUUUCGGAGGCUGAGCGCGCUCUCGAGGAGUUUCGUGCGACUCAGAAGAGUGACUUCAAUGUGGACCUUCAUUGUAGAUCGCAGAGGAACAUUAAGGCGCAGCACUCAGACGAGGUCCAUUUUGAUCCAGAUACUGCAGCGCUGCACUUCCAGGAGGUGUCUAAGAACGAAGUGGAUCCAGAUUUGAGCGCGCUAUCAGGAGUCGUUCCGCCCCUGUCUGAGUCGAUGAAGGAUGAGCUCAAUAGACCCUUUACUGCAGAAGAGAUUCGAGAUGCUGUUGCUAGAAGAAGGAACUCAAGGCAGAUAGACGAAAGUGGUGACCUCAUCGCUUUCUACAAGUGCCUCAGGGGUGAAGCCUGGGAGCUUAUUGCCAGGGUCUUCAACAAGGAGUGGCAGUCUGGUUUCCGGUGCUUGGAGAGUGAGGAGAACAGGAAGCUUCUCAUGACGAACGUGGUGAAUCUGCUAUACAAGCGAAAGGGUGACAGAAGUAAGCUAGACAACUAUCGUGGUAUUGUCAAUGCCAGCAUUCUCACUAAGGUCCUCUCCGCGUGCCUUCUGGACCGAUUUGAGUCGAUCCUCCGGAAGACGCGCUUCCUCUCUCCAAGGCAGGGCGGCUUUAGACCGGGCCAUCAGGUAGACGAGAAAAUCUUUCUUCUUAGGCGCCUAGCGGAGGACGUUCUUAGGUUCAAAGGAGCUGCGACAGAAGUAGGGAAGCUCGCAGUCGCUAUCCUAUUGGACAUCAAGAAAGCUUACCCUUCCUUUCCUUUCAAGAUUUUUCGUCGUUUCUUUGAGCUGUGGGGCAUUGACGGGACGCCAUUCGCUCAAACAUGCAUCCGAAUUCACCGCUCGACUAGAUAUGUAGUUGUGGCCGACCUUGGUAGGAGCCAACCCUUCUGGUUGAGUUCAGGCUUCGGCGAGGGGCAGAUUACAAGUCCUGGCUUCUUCAAUUCUGGGUACGAGAUCUGUCUUAGGAUCUUUCGAGUGACGCUAGCUGAACAUCUGCCGGGUUCGUCUACUGUGAUGCUGUACUCUCCUCGUGCCAAGUUCGCCUUCCUCCCGCGUGAAAGAGUGCUGGACUUCUUGCACCCGUUGAAUUUAUCUGUUUUGGCCGAUACUGUCUCCGAUUUUGAGUUUGCGGACGACACAGUGACUGCGUCGGUGUUGCUACAUGCUGUCUCGAACUUCCUCUGCUGGGAGGCGACCGUCGGCAGAGAGAUGGGCGUCAGGCCUAACAAGGAAAAGACGGAGUUUCUAGCAUUGUUUAGUCCACGCCUGACCGCAUGGGUCCGCUACCUAGGGAAUUGGCUUGAUCUUGAGGAGGAUGGGCGCCGCAGAGUCGGUAGAAUGCUUAGUGCACUCACUGAAGUCGACAGAGUAUCUGGCGCGGCCGAGACGUCCACUGACUUUGCGGUGACGCUAACCUCUAGGGUCAGGUCAAGGGGCUCAUUCGCAAUUGGUGGUAGAACUUCGUCUGCUCUACAGAUCAGGCAGCGCCAAACAGUCAUGAACUCAGCCGUCUGCCGUCUUUCAGGAAUGCCUCGGUAUGCUCUUCGGCGUUACCAUUGUCCAAUAUCACGGCUGAUGCGACUCCGGCGCGUUCCGUCUGAGGCAGAUUUUACUCGUUAUUCUCAGUGUUCUUUCAUUGGUCAUCUCAUUCGCACCGAUACGCGUAGGUUGUCCCGUAGGGCUCUAUUUGGCUUCUGUGUGGCUGGCAGGCCGGAGCUGGACUGGAGGCUCCUGCCGUCCAACGAAAGGAGGCGACCUGGUCAAGUAGGCCCGAGGAUAUGGCAGGAGGUCAAGGACAGUCUAUCUCUAGUGAUGGGCGCGCGCGAUACAUCUCAGAUCAUAGCAGUCGCCUUGAGUAGACGCCACUGGAACACUGUACUAUAUGAGCUUCGAAUCAAGUUGACAAUGGACCACUACGCCACUGACAAGGGGGCUUCUCCUGAGUCGUUGGCCACGGCGAGGCUGUACUGGGUAGAGCAGUACACGAAAAGGGGAGACGCGUUGCCCGAGCUUGAUCCUCAGUGCAGAAGUGGCCUCUCUUGGUUCAACGAAGAUGGCAGCUUCGCUGACCCGGAUCUUGACGCCAUCUGGAGACAGAAGGUUUUGCCCAACUAUGAGCCGCAGAUGAGGUGCCGCUUUUGCUCGUUAUCGGUUCCCGGGUGGGAUGAGCGAUUUGCGCUGCAAUUGGUUCAGUCUGAGGGGAGGAUAGCGCUCCGACCGUCUGACGCAGCUGCUGCUGCGGACGCGUCUGCCAAACUGUUAGUUGAGCACGAGGAGUUGUGUCCACGGCGCGAAGUAGCUCUUUCAUAUGACGAGUCCAAGUUUAGGCCUCCUCCAUCCUUCCGCUCUGGUGACAUCUGUGACGUUGUAAGUAGUCUCCACUCAAGCUCGACGAAGGAGGACAAAGAUCUGCACUCAGUUCUUCGCCUGUUUAAUGCUAAUGAAAUCAAGUCUGUCUUUACCCCAGCGCAGGCACUGCGGAGAGAAAGCGACGAACAGUGGGCGUCACAUGUUGGGGAGGAGCCGCUGAAGUGGGAGAAGGAAGUGGCGGAGUUCCCGGACUUCCGAUGUGGCAGCUCAAGUUCAGUAUGUGGGUCUUCUUCUAGUAGCUCGAGUAGUAGAGCUGCCAUUUCUGCUCCGUCGUUACUUCAGGGUGGACGCAUUGAGUGCUUCUGCGCAGAGUGUAGGGCUUGGGUUGUGAAGCAGCAGGCCAGGAGGCGCGCCAAGGACCGCAGCGUGCGUGGUGGUGGUCUCUCGAAGUCGUCCUCUUCUAUUCAGUUCACAACUACUUCCUCUUCCUCUUCUGAUGAAUAUAACGGAGUGGUGCCCGCGUGUGGUGGUGAUCGCCUGGCGUCCUCGAGAUUGGUGGAAGACCUUGAGGAUGACCUCCUAGCUGAGUCGCAGCCCUUGAGAACGCCUACUGUUGCUGUCUCUGAGAAGCCGGCUCAAUUCGGAGAUGGUCGCGGCAGGCGUUUUGAAAGUUUUUUAGCUGCUUUCAGGCACAUGAGAAGUCUGAAGUCAGACCGAGCUGCUGCUACUUUUUUACAAGCCAUAACAGUGCCGCCCGCCAAGAAGUCCGGCGAGAAAGUCUCGAGAGUCAAGCCCAGAAGGAAGCUCGCUAUUGACGCUGGAACUAGAAAGCAGAAAGCCCUUGCGCCGAGCUCUGCAGCAGACGGGGCUUUAGGUAGCGGGUCCAGUCUUAGCCGCCUGCCUCCGGGUAUCCAGUGGCACUCGUCUUGGAGCGGUGCUGCUAAGAGCGUUUUUGGUGGGUGUUUUCGAGUAUACGCGAAUGUGACGAAAGAAGGCGAGUCGCGCACCAUUUUCGAGAACGUAACUGUAGAGGGAAAUGGAAAUGAUCCGCGUCUAGCUUUACUCGAGGCUCGAGCGGUACUAGAGCGCAUGAAGACCGACCCAGCGCCGUUCUUAGCGUCUCGCGCUGCGUGGAGAGAGAAGCGACGCAUUAACGCCGAGAAGAAGAGGAGAGAAGAAGCUGCUCGCUCCAAGUAGAAGCUGUUAGAGUGUAGCAGCUGAGUAAGUACAGCAAAGAGUCGAGCUCAGUGGUUGACUUGUUUUCUAGAUAACGAAAAAAAGCGUUUUUGGAAGUGAGAAAGUUAGUUUGGUACCCUGUGAGAAAAGCAAGACUUGUGUUGUCUUUACGGAAGUUCGUCAAUAAAAAAUAAAAGAGCUUUAGCUUUCUUAUUUUUCAACUUUUCUAGUCUUUAUUUGAUAGUAGUCGCUAUUAAGUUAGUCGCCCCGCGACUGUUUCGGUCUUACUCGUUAACUCAGGUACUCAAAAACUCAUUUGUCCUAAGCAUAAGCAAUAGCGGCCCCGCAGUUGUACUUUCUGUUCUGUGUUUACUUUACUCCUGACUUGUCCUGAAAUCCUAGUGGUGAUAAAGAACUGUCUUCCUUGUUCCUAGUAGUGAUUGCUGUCUCUUCUUCUUUUAGGUUGAACUAAAGUGAUAUUGAGUAAUUACUUCCUUUUAGUUGUCUUCUUAGAGUGUUUACUUUUACUUCUUGAGCUUCCGCCCUACGGGGUGUCUGUUUGAAACAUUAGCUUUCUUUCUAAGUUAGUUCCUCAGUUAUCUGCUUGCUGUGGUAGGUCCUUCAAGCUGUCUCCAGGUUUUUUGUUGAGUGCGAAACGUACUGCGCCCCUAUAGGUGGCCAGAAACAUUUUCUGAAAUCUCCAAAAUCCAAAAUCCAAGUGAGUCAAUGAAUGAGUAAGAAAGUAAGUACUACUUUUUCGAUUGUUCUUCAACCCUUUUUAAGAGUUGCACAACGCGCAAAACUAAAGUUAUUCAUACAAGGAUGACGGAACUCGGAUGAAAAAUGUCGCACUUUGGAAACGUGUCAAAAUAUGUGGGCAACUGGAUGAAAGAAGGCCGAUUUGGUCAAGUGAAGUAUAUUUAUAUAUGGGUUACAGAUCUGCAUGCGUCAUCAGUUUUUCUCAAUGUUUCACCUCCUCCACUUUUCUGACUUCAUCUAGCUAAAGUUUCGUGAAAAAUUAUUUGAUUAAUAACUAGACACAAAAGAUCCAAUAUCGCUACAAUGAAAAAUUUUCUUUCGAAGUUACGGACGGCGUCGAUCAUUCUUAGAGAAUUAUGUUGGUAGGACACAAUAAUUCUUUGACAACGAAGAUCUACAGCACCCUGACAGUUUGUUUCUUCUUUCCUUUGCCCAGCAGCAGGACAUAUAAUUAAUAUAUCAUGACUUGCGUUUCUAGUAUAGACUCUCAGCGGAAAAUCUUCAGUAGGAUGCACUGGGAGAAUCGUGCCCAUAUGGAUCGCACCGCUGAAGGGGCUUGCGCCCAUGGUGGUGGAUGCCGCAGCGCCUCUGCCCUUCCACGUGAUUCCUGGCGCGAGGAUGUGCCGCAUAGCACCGGAGCACCUUGCGCGUGGUGUGUGUGUGUUUGUAGCGUCGGCGACCUCCGUUGCGGCCAGAGGCGUGUCGCUGGCCCUCUCCAGUUUCUCGCGUCUCCCUUGGGCGCUCAGGUUCAGGCGCUGCUCCCGGAGCUAGGUCCUCGGAGAGAAAGCGAGUCGCGCUGGGGCGCCCAGGCCUGGAUUCCUUGGCUGAUGCGAUGGGUGUGGCAAUUGUUAUGCCAUUGCGAGCGCCCUCGCGCAUGCGCUUUUCCUGCUUGUGGGGCAGGAGAGUGGUUGGAGCUGCAGAGGGCCUCAGGCAUUUGCCAGUCUCAGGACCCGGAAAAGGCUGGCGUCUGCGUCAGACGCCAGGAUUCUCGAGCGCCUAAGAAUUUCUGAGACCACUGGGCCGGUGCCCGUACCCGUAAAACACCUGGCGUCUGACGCAGACGCCAGACCUUUGCCAAGUCUCAGAACGAAGUUGUGAGGCGUGGCGCGAAAGUCCGAGCGCUUGCCGCACAGCUAAGCUCUCGGGGGCACGAUGAAACUGCGACUACGCACUGCGGCGCCUGUCGUGGCGCUACCUGUAGCUUCGUCUACAGGUCCGUAGUUGGACGCAUCGGCCGGCGGGCCCUGCAGCCGUGCUUUUGACUCUGGGGGUGGAGUUCACCUGGCAGGCUCGCGUGGCAGCUCUUCGGCCUCUUGCUCUCCGGGGUGUCUGGCCGUGCCUUCUCGUUGGAGUCACGGUUGGUGCGCUGAUGGGGCUUGUCGUUGUUUGCCUGGGCGGCCGGACUGUCUGGUGUCUGUGCGUGGUCAGGGCAGCGCGAAUUUUGUCCUGACUGCGAGAGGGGUAACGGGUCCAAGCUCGGAGGUUUAUCGUUUUGAAACUAAGGGGGGCCCGCCUAGCUUGAUGGCCCUCUGGGCCGCGGGGUUGCGGUGCUCUGCGUCUACAGCUGUAGUUAGCCCAUCUGCCUCAGUAUCCCUUACUGAAGGUUUUCCGCUGAAAAUGCAUGCAUUUCCCAAAGUCAUGUAAUAUAUUUCAUACUGUUAGUACAACUAGGUUGUAGCCGCGCUCAUUCAUACUGUUAGUACUAAAGGUCGUAGCGCUCAUACUCAUUCAUUAAGUCCUCGCGGUCCAUUUGAUGGCAUAUCCAGCCUAUACGCUCACCCUGUCAUAAGUGAGCAUUCUCCUAUCCUAUCCUAUCUGUGUAGACUCCCCCACGUGUCUGUGUCUUCUUGGAGAUGAAUCCUAAACUACUGUCACUUCGUUCUGCUUCUGACAUGAUCCUUCUGAAAGGGGAAGCAGGUGGCACUCAUUUGGAA